AUGACAUGGGAGGACAUGUUAUACAUAUCCGGCCAACCGAUCGAUGCAACGAUUGUGACCGAUAAUAGUCACGACUUCUUGGUCACCCAGAGCCUCGCGAUAUUCAGCAGCGAAACUGUCAUGAGCAGUUCCUCCAAAAGGUACUGGAAAUCCACCGCCAACACCGCCACCCCCAUCACCCUCACCUCCGUCAUCGCCACCGAUCAGUACUUACAAGUGCGAUUUGGUGACAGAGACCCUGAAACUGCUGUAGACACUGGAACUAAUAGUGAAAAUCCACCACUAUCAUCGCCAGACACCCCCAACCCCAUCACUACCACCUCCGUCAUCGCGCCCGACCAGUCCUUACAAGUGCGAUCCGGUGACAGAGAUCCUCAAACUGCUAUAGACACUGGAGCAAAUAAUGGAAAUCCACCACUAUCAUCGCCAGACAAAGCCAACACCGCCAACCCUAUCACCCCCACCUCCGUCAUCGCCACCAAUCAGUCCUUACAUGUGCGAUCCGGUGACAGAGAUUCUGAAACUGUUGUAGACACCAGAGCUAAAAGUGGAAAUCCAACACUACCAUCUCCAGACACCGCCAACCUAAUAACCCCCACCUCCGUCAUCAUCACCGAUCAGUCCUUACAUAUACGAUCGGGUGACAGAGAUCCUGAAACUGUUGUAGACACCAGAGCUAAUGGUGAAAAUCCACCACUACCAUCGCCAGACACCGCCAACCCCAUCACCCCUACCUCCGUCAUUGCGCCCGAUCAGUCCUUACAAGUGCGAUCCGGUGACAGAGAUCCUCAAAUUGCUAUAGACACUGGAGACACUGGAGCUAAUAGUGGAAAUCCACCACUACCAUCGCCAGACACCGCCAACCUAAUAACCCCAACCUCCGUCAUCGUCACCGAUCAGUCCUUACAUAUACGAUCCGGUGACAGAGAUCCUAAAACUGUUGUAGACACCAGAGCUAAUGGUGGAAAUCCACCAGUACCAUCGCCAGACACCGCCAACCCCAUCACCCCCACCUACGUCAUCACCACCGAUCAGUCCUUAGAAGUGCAAUCCGGUGACAGAGAUCCUAAAACAGCUGUAAACACUGGAGCUAAUAGUGGAAAUCCACCACUAUCAUCGCUAGACACCGCCAACACCGCCAACCCCAACAUCCCCACCUCCGUCAUCGCCACCGAUCAGUCCUUACAAGUGCGAUUCGGUGACAGAGAUCCUGAAACUGCUGUAUACAUCGGAGCUAAUAUUGGAAAUCGACCACUAUCAUCGCCAAACACUGCCAACACCGCCAACCCCAACAACCCCACCUCCGUCGUCGCCCCUGAUCAGUCCUUACCAGUGCGAUCGGUGACACAGAUACUGAAACUGCUGUAG